AUGCGAGGCGAGUCGAACACAGAGGUGCUUAUUACGAACCAAAUGGGUGAAUUGCAAACUGUGAUUCCGAUACAAUCACGACUUCUAAGAACACAGAGAGAAUUAGAAGAGAACUCAACCGAAGAGGCUAGAAUCGAAGUUGACAACGAUGGCGCUAGGAUUUCACAUACGGCUCUGAUACCAUAUUCAUUAAUUUAUUCUUGUGAUUGGAAUGCAGCCAAAAAGAGAUUUAUUGAAUCAAAAGUCCAGUUCUUGGAUCAGCAGUAUGUUAGCAUUGACUCUUAUCUCCAAGUUUUUGAUUCGGCUAAAGAGAAAAGAGAUGUGCAAAAAAGCAAAUACAACAUUGCUGAUGGUAUGCGACAAAUGUUUGAUCCUUUUGAAAGAGUUGCCCGUGCUCAUCAUAUUUGUCCUUGCUGUGAGCGCCCUUUCUCAGCUGAAGAGGAAGAUGAUUUUGUUAGAAAGCAAAGGGUGAAGGCUGCAAGUUCUGCAGAGCAUAUGAAAGUGUUGGCUGUGGAGUCCUCUAAUGCUGAUUCCUACUUCCAGCAGUUAGACAAGCUUCGUGUGGUAUAUGAAGAAUAUGCUAAAAUUGGCAAGGAAACAAUUCCUCUUGCAGAGAAAAAGAUGAAUGAACUAAAUGAGGAGUUGGAUCAAAAAUCUCAGGCACUUGACGAUGUAAUUGUCAAUUCUGGUCUUUUUUAUUUUUUAUUCAUGGUUUUAGAUAUUAUGGUUUUCACAUGUUAAACUUGCUAUGUUAAAGCUUUAACUGUUUUUAGAUUUUUCAUCACGUGUAAGGAUUAUAGUUUUUCACGUAGUUAAAUAAUGUACAGUAAGAAAAUAAGAA